UUUAAAAUAGUCAUAAUAGACCGUUCAAGAAAUGUGGUCAAUAAUAAUAAUCCUGCUAAUCUUCGUAUUGGUCCUACUGGCUUAUUUGGACACUCGGAAACCGAGAUUCUUUCCACCAGGUCCCGCCUGGUUUCCGAUUUUGGGAUGUGCGUUGAAAUUGCGAAAGCUGCACGUGGAGACGGGGACGUUAGCUGAGGCGACGCAAGCGUUGGCGACAAAGUACGGCCCGGUGGUUGGGGCGCGAGUGGGUCGAGAACGUGUCGUUUUCAUCUGCGGAGCGAAGGCGAUCCACGAGCUACUUUCCAGAGAUGAGCUCAACGGUAGACCGGACAAUGUAGCUACCACGAGUAGAACUGGUGGAGAACGCAGAGGUAUGAUCUUUACAGACUCCGAAUUUUGGCAAGAGCAAAAGAAGUUCGUGAUUCGACACUUUAAGGAGACUAGUUUUCGAAAGGAGGCCAUGUGGGAGAUGCUCGAGGAAGAGGUGAGAUCUAUCAUUGGUGACGUUAAGAGAGCAAUCGAAAAGAACCCCGCGGUCGACUUGCACAGAUUCUUCCGGAUCCAUGUGUUGAACGCGUUUUGUUUCCUAAUAACAGGCCAGACAAGCAACCACCACGAGUUGAUUGAAUUGGAAGCCGCCAUUGCGCAUCUUGCUCAGAGUGUUCCUAUGGCCGGUCCGGUAUUCGGCAAGUUUCCGUUUUUAAGAUACAUCUGCCCCGAAUAUUGUGGAUAUAACAAGUAUGUAGCCAUUCAUGAAAAAAUAUUGGCGUUCUUCCACAAAAAGGUAAAGGUUCUCAAGGAUGCUUCCAACAGUGGUCUUAUUCCCUCAUAUUUGGACAAACUAAAUUCUGGCCAAAGCGGUGAAAGCUUCUCUGAAGGCCAACUGCUAGCCCUUUGCCUAGACCUACUGGUUGCCGGAUACGACUCCAUUACUAACACUCUAAAGUUUGCCUUCUUGUAUCUCAUACUACAUCCAGAUAUUCAGAAGAAAGCGCAAGAGGAAAUCGACACCGUUCUUCAGGGGAGACCACCUACUCCAGAGGAUAGACCGCACUUACCGUACGUCGAGUGCAUAUCUUUGGAAUCCAUACGGAUGUUCACAGGCAGAUCUUUCUUUGUACCUCGCAGGGCGACCAAGGAUACGCAAUUUAACGGCUACUUCAUUAGGAAGAACACCACCUUAAUUGGAAACUUCCGAGAUUUGCUCAUGGAUGAAGCUGCCGGUUGGCACAAUCCGGAGGACUUCGAUCCCGACCGUUUCAUUCGAGACGGUAGACUGAAAAUUCCGAUCAAUUUCCUUCCGUUUGCCUGGGGCAAGAGAAGAUGCGUAGGAGAGAUGUUUACUCGCGCAAAUGUUUUUCUCGUAGUCGCCGGUCUUCUUCAAGCGUUUAACUUCGAGACAGUGCCCGGGAAUCCUGUAACGGUAGAAACUGUCGAAAACUUCACGCCGACAGUCAAUCAUUAUAAGACAUACGUUACAUUGAGAUAAAACCACUUCAGUGGCCACUUGGUGCACAGGAGACUAUCAAACAGUUAUUUUUUGUCAUUAAAUACUACAACCAA